CUUUGCACCGGUAAGUACACACUUCCACUGAUACACGCACGUGCCAGUAGCAAUCUCGGCGAUCGUUAAUUGCGGUCCGCGGCAAUCUUAUAAAAAUGUUCGCAUCGCUGGGAAUUUGUCUAGGUACAUCCAAAGUCACCGCGUGCGUAUUCGAUGGGAUAUCCUUCCAGCGUGUACCGUUAAACGGUUCUUCGUUUGAGCUAGUCGCGGGUGUUUAUUACUGUGAUAGUACGUUGCAACUGGCGCUUAUUCCUACAGAUUAUACAAGCGUUUCUACAGAAAAUUGUUUAUACCGAGUUCCUGGGUUCCUCGGUCUCACGCACCGCAAAGCGAUAAAAUACAAUAUUCUCCAUAAUCUGCACCAUCGAGUGGUUCGUGAUGCUCUGGAUAAACCGGCCUUCGUCGUGGGAAACGACGGCGCCACGAUCUCGCAGACCCCUGAACAAGCUGCCGCGUUUCUGCUGCAGUAUGUCAAGCAGAAAGCCGAGAAACUCGUUCAGCCAAUCAGCAGUGUCUUCAUCACCGUCCCGACUAACUGUAGCCGAUUCCGCCUCCUGGAGACGGUAUACGCGGCUAAAAGGGCCGGGUUUACGCGAAUCCACUGCGUUAAAAAUAUCCAUGCUAUUCUAGCCACGAUCUUCUUACAACCGAGUCCGCUAUUUUCCGGUGAAAUGGAUCGGUUGAUCGUCAACAUUGGGACCAUUUGUACGGAAGUGUCGUAUGGCGUUAUGAUGGACAACGGAGUACUGCGGAUAGCGGAGACGUUCUCCGAGAAUAUCGGCGGGAAUACCAUCGAUGUCGCGCUGAUGAAAUGCGCAACUGAAAAUUGGGCAAACGAACCGCAAUUGCGGAUUGUCUGCGAAACGGUAAAAAAGCGUUUAUCGAGAUACCGGAGAAAAGAGGCAGCGUGUUGCGUAGAUAACGGCCACCCGGUGCGGAUAACGCAGGAGACGUUUGAGACACUGUGCGGUCCGAUUGUUUUCCGGAUCAUUGAGAUGAUGAAGAAGAUGGUGUGGAAGAUCCAUCGGACCAACGAGGCAGCAGCGUUCUCGAUUUUAUUAGUUGGCGGGACGUCGCAGAUUCCGCUUGUGGAGAAGAUGCUUAAAUGGGCGUUCCCGCACAAUCCCGUGCAGCGGGGGAACAGCAUUAAAACGCUGUCGGCAGAGGGCGCUGCAGCAUUCUGUAAACUGGAUACCCUGCUUUGCGAUGAAGUUACCGAGGGAAACUAUGAAGAGCUCAUAGGGGCACUGCACAAUUUACCGCGGUCGGGAACCUGCCAGGAAAAUGGUGUCACGAAGUCGGGGAGUGAGGAGGAUGUGGAUAUAGUUGAUGGGGAUGUCUUCAGUGUAAACGGCAGCCAGGGAAUUCAUUAUAAAAAACCACAGCAGCAAAUUGUACAAGAAGACUCGGUGCAGUGCAGUGUGGCCUGUCAAACAGAGGAGGCUGGAUUGCAAACGGUUGAAUCAGCGUGUUUGUGUCAGAAGAGAGUGUUUGUCGCGUGCAUAAUCACGUCGCCGGAAUCAGAGGCUGUUCUUGUAUCUAGGAAUAUUCUUGUUGUAAAUGUGAAAAAUAGAUCCAAUGGCGAUGUUGGAAGUUUGCCAUGAGACGUACUGAAAUAAAGAGGA